UUUAAUACAUGACGAAUGCAGUCAUCGGGCUUAAACUGACUGGAGGGGGCAAGUGGCGCGCAGAAACCAAGAGUGCAUGUGAGUAACACCGAGCACCAGCAUCCACUCUCGCCUGCAGCCGCUCUCAGUCUCUCCGCUCCUCCUGAUGAGAGACGGGGGGGAAUCACGGAACAGAGAAGUUAAGGACAACAGCACAAAAUUCAGCUCUCCUUUUUCAUGCUUUUCCUGGAAAAAAAAAAGCUAAAACACACAUAAGCAAACAUUAGGAGGAGAAGGAGCAGGAAAGACGCAGUGAAGUAAAUUUAAUCUUUGAGCUCCAGCCCACCAUAUCAGCCUGUUGAGGAGGAGAGGGGAUGCAGAACAACAUGACGGACUGUGAGGAGGGAGAAGGGGGACCCAACAGCCAGGGUGAUGGAAACCCCAAAGAAAGCAGCCCUUUCAUCAACAGCAGUGCAGAUACCGAUACAGAAAAGACUCAACAAUAUGAUGGCAAGAGCAUGGCUCUCUUUGAGGAGGAGAUGGAUACCAGUCCAAUGGUUUCCUCUUUGCUCAGCACUCUGGCCAACUAUUCCAACCUGCCAACUGGCAGCAAAGAGCAUGAGGAGGCAGAAAAUAAUGAGGAGGGGGCGCGGCCUUCAAAGAAACCUGUCAAGGCACCUCAGUUGGGCACUCUGAUGGGAGUGUACCUGCCAUGUAUCCAGAAUAUUUUUGGAGUGAUCCUCUUCCUGCGGAUGACUUGGAUGGUCGGGAUCGGAGGUGUCUUUGGUUCUUUUAUAAUCGUCUUCAUGUGUUGCUCUACGACCAUGCUCACAGCCAUUUCCAUGAGUGCUAUUGCAACAAAUGGGGUGGUACCAGCUGGAGGUUCAUAUUACAUGAUCUCUCGCUCUCUGGGGCCUGAGUUUGGUGGAGCUGUUGGGAUUUGCUUCUACCUGGGCACCACUUUUGCCGGUGCCAUGUAUAUCCUUGGUUGUAUUGAAAUUCUGCUGAUUUAUAUUGUCCCUCAGGCAGCUAUCUUUAAGAUCGAGGGUCUGGAGGGGGCGGAAGCAGAGUUGGCUCUGCUCAACAACAUGCGGGUGUAUGGCACCAUUGUGCUGAGCUUCAUGGCGCUGGUGGUGUUUGUUGGGGUUAAAUAUGUCAACAAGCUGGCCCUGGUCUUCUUGGCCUGUGUCAUUCUCUCAAUUCUGGCUGUUUAUGCCGGAGUCAUUAAGACUGCCAUUGAACCUCCUGAAUUUCCGGUCUGUCUCCUUGGAAAUCGAACUCUUACUUCUAAAGCAUAUGAUAUCUGUGCCAAGUUCAUUGAAAUAGAUAAUGAGACGGUCACCACCAAACUGUGGAGGUCCUUUUGUGAUUCUGAGUCCCUCAAUGCCACUUGUGAUGAAUACUUCAUUAAUAACAACGUCACAGAGAUUCAGGGUAUUCCAGGGGUCACUAGUGGCAUCCUGGCAGAGAACCUGUUUGGGAAAUAUCUGGAAAAGGGGAUGACACUGGAGAAACGUGGACUUGUAUCAAAUGUGGACCCUGAUAGUCCCACAACCAACUCUAACCGGUAUGUGCUGGCUGACAUCACCAGCUUCUUCACCUUGCUGGUGGGAAUUUACUUCCCAUCUGUCACAGGGAUUAUGGCUGGCUCCAACCGCUCCGGUGACCUGCGUGAUGCUCAGAAGUCGAUCCCAAUUGGCACAAUUGCAGCCAUCACUACCACAUCAACAGUUUACAUGUCUUGUGUGGUGUUGUUUGGUGCAUGUAUAGAAGGAGUAGUACUUCGAGAUAAGUUUGGUGAAGGAGUUAAUGGUAACCUGGUGAUUGGCACCCUGGCAUGGCCAUCCCCAUGGGUCAUUGUGUUUGGCUCCUUCUUCUCCACAUGUGGAGCUGGACUUCAGAGUCUCACAGGAGCGCCACGUCUGCUUCAGGCUAUCUCAAGAGAUGGCAUAAUCCCAUUUCUUAGAAUUUUUGGACAUGGCAAAGCCAAUGGGGAGCCCACCUGGGCGCUCCUACUUACAGCUAGUAUCUGUGAGAUUGGCAUCAUCAUCGCCUCCCUGGAUGCAGUUGCCCCCAUCCUCUCUAUGUUUUUCUUGAUGUGCUACAUGUUUGUCAAUCUUGCCUGCGCCCUGCAGACUCUGCUGAGGACGCCGAACUGGAGGCCGCGCUUUAAGUUCUACCACUGGGCUUUAUCCUUUCUUGGUAUGAGCCUGUGCCUGUCGCUCAUGUUCAUCUGUUCCUGGUAUUACGCCAUAGUUGCCAUGGGCAUCGCCACCUGCAUCUACAAAUAUAUUGAAUUCUGUGGAGCUGAGAAGGAGUGGGGUGAUGGUAUACGAGGUAUUUCACUCAGCGCUGCACGAUUUUCUCUGAUGAGGCUGGAGGAGGGACCACCCCACACCAAGAACUGGAGACCUCAGGUCCUGGUUCUGGUGAGUGUGGAUGCUGAACAGAAUGUGGAGCAGCCCCGUCUUCUCUCCUUGACCAAUCAGCUUAAAGCAGGCAAAGGUCUGACCAUCGUUGGCACCUCUGUUCAAGGAACCUUCCUCGACAACUAUACUGAAGCCCAGAAGGCAGACCAGUCUUUGCGUAAGUUGAUGGAGACAGAGAAGGUAAAGGGCUUCUCUCAGGUGGUAAUUUCCUCCAAUUUGAGAGAUGGGACCUCUCAUCUGAUUCAGGUUGGAGGGCUCGGAGGUCUGAAGCACAACACUGUGAUGGUCAGCUGGCCCCGUAACUGGAAACAGCCAGAGUACUACCAGCAAUUCAAGAACUUCAUCGAGGUGGUCAGAGAAACAACUAUUGCCAGUUUAGCCUUGUUGGUUCCCAAAAAUAUCUCCAGUUAUCCAUCCAAUGGAGAGCGUUUCACUGAAGGCCACAUAGAUGUUUGGUGGAUUGUCCAUGAUGGAGGCAUGCUGAUGCUCCUUCCCUUCCUGCUGCGCCAACAUAAGGUGUGGAGGAAGUGCAAGAUGCGCAUUUUCACUGUAGCUCAAUUGGAUGACAACAGCAUUCAGAUGAAGAAAGACCUCAUCACCUUCCUCUAUCACCUGCGCAUUGAUGCUGCGGUAGAAGUGGUGGAGAUGCUUGACCAUGACAUCUCAGCUUACACCUACGAGAAGACACUGAUAAUGGAGCAACGAUCGCAGAUCCUUAAACAGAUGCAUCUGACCAAGAAUGAGAUGGAGAGAGAGAUCCAAAGUAUUACAGAUUCAUCCCGCGGGUCCAUCCGGCGUAAAAAGCCACCUGCCCUGCGUCCCCAGCAUAGCACAGAGGAGGGUGCCAGUGUGGCUGAAAAACCAGAAGAUGAGUCUGAGGCUGUCUCCAACCCUAAACAGGUACAGUUGAUCCACAGUAAGAAUGCCUCCAGUCCCACCAGCCCCACAUCACCUGCUGCCCCACCAGGAGGAGGCACUGCCACUUGGACAGACAGCAAGAGUGGUGACAAGAGGAAGAUCCAUUUAGCACCAACACCAGAGGCCGGCAAAGAUCUCUUCAGCAUGAAACCGGAAUGGGAGAACUUGAACCAGAGGGACGUGAGGCGCAUGCAUACAGCGAUGCGGCUCAAUGAGGUCAUCACAAAGAAGUCCAAGGAGGCAAAACUUGUCCUGCUCAACAUGCCUGGACCACCAAAGAAUCGAACAAACCAGACGAAUCCCAUGCACAAUGCGGUGUACAGGGACUACCCAUUCUUUACAGAUAUACAGGUCAUGAUAUUCCUUGGCUUUGGAUGCUUACUGGCCUUUUUCCGACUGUAUGGCUUUGGGGGGAUGGUUUUUAACUUUCUGACGGCCACAUUUGCGAUCCAGUGGGCAAUUUUGGUGCAGGGUUACUUCCAAUUCUACCAUAACGGUAAGAUCCACCUUGGAGUGAUCAAUCUCAUAAAUGCAGAAUUCGCCUGUGCUGUGGUGCUGAUAUCUUUUGGAGCAGUGCUGGGGAAGACCAGCCCAUUGCAGCUGCUUGUCAUGGCUCUGCUGGAGGUGCCAGUGUUUGCAGUCACAGAGUGGGCUGUGCUGAAGUAUCUAAAGAUCAAUGAUGCUGGAGGCUCUAUUCUUAUUCAUCUUUUUGCCUGUUAUUUUGGUUUGGGUGUCACUUUUGUGCUGUACAGGCCUGGUCUAAAUGAAGGCCAUGCAAAGGAGAACACCAGUUACCAGUCUGACAUCUUGUCUGUGAUGGGGACAUUAUUCCUCUGGGUUUUUUGGCCCUCUUUCAACUCAGCAUUGACUCUGAAAGGGGAUGACCAACACAGGGCCAUCCUUCACACCUUCAUUGGCCUCAGUGCCUCUACACUCACUGCCUUUGCCCUCUCUGCAAUGCUGAACAAAAAUGGUAAACUCACCAUGUGUGAUAUUCAGAAUGUGACCCUGGCAGGAGGUGUGACAGUCGGUGCGUCCGUGGAUAUGAUGAUAUCACCUGCAGCUGCAUACAUUUUAGGUAUGCUGGGCUCCACUGCAUGCAUGCUGGGGUACAAAUACUUGAGCCCCUUCCUAGCACGGCGCUGCAGGAUCCAGGAUCAAUGUGGGAUACAUAACUUGCACGGACUUACAGGACUUAUAUCAUGUGCUGCUGGGAUAUGUGCAAUACUGAUGGCUGGUGAAGAGGUUUACGGCCCCAGUUUGUAUGAGAUUUUUACUCACAGAGCACCAACAGAGGACGACCCUAUGCUGCAAGGACUAAAGACUUUGAUCCCAGAUAUACAGCCAGGUUUGGGGAGGACUGCCAAGGAUCAGGCUCUCUUCCAGGUUGCAGCUGUCUUCUCAACAAUAGGAUUGUCAGCAUUAGGUGGCAUCCUUACAGGUUGUGUGUUGAGGCUGCCGCACCUUGCAUCACCUUCUGAUGACCACUGUUUUGAUGAUGAGCUGUUUUUUGAGGUUCCUCCAGACUAUGAUUUGCCACUCAAAACCACUAACACCAUUACUGCAGAGGAUUCUGCUGACUGAUGUGCAACAUCCAAGAUCUGUCAGUGCAUUAAACUGAUUUGUUAAGUUUUUCUUCUGAUGUUGCAAUUAUUGUGCUAACAGUGUGUUAUACACAAACCAUGAAUUUCAUGUUUCAUCCAUUCCAAUGUAAAUAGGUUGUCAUAGUGAUUGCAUAUAUUAAGUGUGAUAUUUUCCUUCUACAGUGAUUAUUAUUAAUGUUCUGACAAGUCAGAUGCAUUAGGUAUGGCUUCAGAGUAUAUUUCAAGCAACACAAUCAAUUCA